AUUUAAGCUCGCGAUUGGAUGAAACUGCAACAGAUGAUUUACGUGAAGUGCACAAAUAUUUAAAUCGUACUAUACGAAUAGGGAUUCAUUAAUCUCAGGUCAUACGGCGCGAAAACCUGGUGCAAACGCAAACGCGCGGGAACCCAAGGGAAAUAGCUGGAAAAUAGUGUUGGGAUACUGUUUGUUGUAUUGGGCUGAACGGGUGAUCUUGAGACUUUUAACAGUUGAGUGGCAAUGAGUGACGAUCAGGCUGUUACUAGCAGCAGCAGGAGGCGGCGUGAAAAGACAUCAAGUUCAGGGCGGUUUGCAGCCCUAGCAAAAUUGAAGCAGCUCAAAGGUAGCAAAAACAAGUAUGAGGUUUCGGAUCUGGAAAACGUUUAUGAGGAAGUUGAUGAAAGGGAGUAUUCAAAGAGAGUGCGAGAGAGACAAGAGGAUGAUUGGAUUGUUGAUGAUGAUGGUGUUGGUUAUGUUGAAGAUGGUCGUGAAAUUUUUGAUGAUGACUUGGAUGAUGAAUCAAUCAUUAUUGCUUCCCGGAAGAAAAAACGUGGUGGUGAUCAUCGUGGUAGUAAAAGAGUUUGUUUGGGAACUUCAAAGGACCAGGAGAAAUCAAAUAACAUCCGUUCCAUGUUGGCCAACAUGCCUGCAAAGAAAGAGGCACCAGUGAGUUUAGAAGAAGAUGACAUACUGGGUGGAAUCAUGCAGGAGAUUAGUGGUGAUUCUACUCCACUUACCAAAGAGAACGCCGAGAUUGACACUCGUCUUGAGUGUUCUGAAGAAUCUGCUGUAAAGUAUUUAAAGAAAUUUACUGAAAAGGAAGAACAUAAUGUACCUGAAGAUAGUUAUGAUACAACAUUCCAUGAGGAGGAUAUCACUGACAUUUCUCAGCAACUAGAUAAUGCUGAUUGUGAGGCACUUCACAAGAAUCCUCAAUUAAACCACAAUGUGGCAGAGGUAACUUCUGAAGAAAAAUUCAUUAUUGAUGCACCUAAGAAUAAAGAAAAUAUUCCAGCAAACGACAUUAAUGUUCUAAGCAGUAAACCUCUUACCACAGAAAACAUAACAGUGGAUAUUAAUAAUCUUCCUUUUGUAAAAAGUGCGGAAGGUAAUCAGAUGAUGCGUUUUUUCUGGCUGGAUGCUCAUGAGGAACCCUUGAAACAGCCUGGUGUGAUUUUCUUGUUUGGUAAAGUAUGGAUUGAGAGUGCAAAAGAGUAUGUCAGCUGUUGUGUGGCUGUGCGCAACGUGGAACGCAAAAUUCUUGUUCUUCCCAGAGAAAAAAUGACAGUAGACAGUAUUGAGAAGGAUGUUACUUUUCUCGAUGUUUACAAGGAGUUUAGCAAUGUGGCUUCCAAAUAUGGCAUAAUGGAAUUCAGGUCUCGAAAGGUGGAAUUGAACAACUGCUUCAACCCAGAAAUUCCGGUUACUUCUGAAUAUAUGGAAGUCAAAUAUUCGAUGUCUGUGGAGAAAAUGGAGAUGGUUUCAGUUGCAACAUCUGCACAAAAACUCUCCCCACCACCAGUUGUUUUGUUGGCACUUCAAAUAAGAAGUGUUGUGAAUUCCAAGAACAACAACAAUGAAGUGGGAUUGGUUGUGGGAUUAGUGAAUCGUGACUUCCCUUUGAACCACGAGCCUCCUGCGAAUAAACAGUAUAGCCAACAUUUCUGCAUAUUGGCACCAUUGUGUGAUCAACCUUUUCCUUAUGAUAUUCGAGAGUGCAUAAAACAGCAAGAUGGAGUUUAUGUGGAACGAAUGGAUUCAGAGCGAGCACUUCUGAACAACCUCCUGGCGAAAGUACAGCGUUUGGAUCCUGACUUCAUUGUAGGGCAUGACAUUCUUGGUUUUGACUUGGAAGUUCUGCUUCAACGGUUGCUAAAUCACAAAAUACCAAACUGGUCACGACUGGGACGCUUGCGCAGGCAUUUCCCAAAUCCCAAUGAUAAGGUGUUGGAAAAAGAAACUCAUCCUGCUGUAACAUUUGAGGAAGUUCGUAAAUGUUAUGAAAGUGGAAGUAAAUUGAAGAAUUUGAUAAAUCAGACAUUAUUUGACACUGCUUGUGCACUACAAAUAAUGUGUCAGAUUUCUGCCAUUCCAAUAUCUCUUCAGAUCACAAAUAUUGCUGGUAACGUUUUAUCUCGAACACUGAUGGGUGGUCGUGCAGAGAGAAAUGAAUAUUUGUUAUUACAUGCCUUCCAUGAAAAAAAAUUUAUUCCUCCUGAAAAGACUUACAAGAAGGCAAUUGUCAAGAAUUCUGAAGAAGAGGAAGCGGACAAACGUGGAAAGGGUCGUAAAAAGCCCAAUUAUUCUGGAGGUCUUGUUUUGGAACCUAAGAAAGGCCUCUACGACAAGAUGGUCUUGAUGAUACCAGAUGUUCCUUCAAAAGAUCUGGAGAUCGGCAUCUUGCCAGCAGAAAUUCGCAAGCUUGUUGAAAGUCGAGCAGCUGUAAGAAAGCUAAUGGGUGAUCCCAAACUAAGUGCAGUUGAACGAGCUCAGUUGAUGGCCAACAGUACUUAUGGAUGUUUAGGAUUUUCAAAUGCCCGCUUCUAUGCCAAACCACUUGCUGCAUUAAUUACUGCAAAGGGUCGUGAGAUUCUGAUGAAAACAAAGGAGUAUGUGGAAACCAUGAAUUAUGAAGUAAUUUACGGUGAUACAGAUUCCAUUAUGAUAAAUACAAACUGUGCAGAUUAUGAAGAGGUUACAAAAAUUGGGAAACAGAUUUUGCAGUCCGUGAACAAAUUGUAUCGGUGUGUAAAUUUGGACAUUGAUGGGGUGUAUAAAUUUAUGCUUUUGCUGAAGAAAAAAAAGUAUGCUGUAACAGAAGUGAUUAGACUCUCUGAUGGCACUCUUAAAACAAAGAUAAAACACAAAGGACUUGACAUUGUACGCAGAGACUGGUCACGAAUAGCUAUUGAAAGUGGCAAUUUUGUUGUUGAACAACUUCUGUCUGACUUGCCUCUGGAAGAUAGGCUAGUGUUAAUAGAAAAUCAUCUUAGAAAACUGGGGGAAGACUUGAAAGCUGGUUGUGUUCCUCUUCCUCUUCUGACAGUAUCUAAACAGCUGUCAAGAUCUCUUGAGCAGUACACAGACGACAAGAGUCAGCCACACGUGUUAGUUGCAAAACGACUCUUGAAAAAAGGGAUGUGCCGUAUGAAAGCUGGUGAUACAGUGUCAUAUGUGAUUUGUGAUGAUGGAACAACUGGAACAGCUGUCCAAAGAGCAUAUCAUUUGGAUGAACUUAAAAUGGACAAGAACCUCAAGAUAGAUUAUAAAUACUACCUUGCACAUCAAAUACAUCCUGUAAUCACACGUUUGCUUGAUCCUGUUGAUGGAAUCGAUUCAUGCCGUAUUGCUGAAUUUCUUGGAUUGGAUCCUACCCCGUAUAAACAGUCACUGCGUCAACAAGCGGCCAAGAGUGAAGAUAAUACAGAAAAACCAUUUGCUUUGCUGCUUCGUGAACCUGAACAUUAUGAGAAAUGUGAAAAGUUUUCAUUUACAUGUGUCCAAUGUAAAACUGAAACGGUAAUGGAAAAACCUUUCAAGAAGGAUGAUGCUGGAAACCUCUACCCUUCUCUCAGCAGGUGUGCUAAUUCACAGUGCACAGUGCGGCCUACGCAGUACCUUGCAUCCCUAGAAAAUAGGCUCACAUCUAUGUUGCGAUAUCAUUUGCAUCAGUACUAUAAGGGUGUACUGAUAUGUGAGGAUCCUGCGUGCCCCCUUCGGACAAGAUUUGUUCCAUUGAAUUUCCAUCGAGCAUACCCAGUUUGCAUACUGUGUGACUCUGCUGUUAUGUAUAAAGAGGUCAGCGACAAGGAUUUGUACACACAAUUAUUAUUCUUUCAACGGAUAUUUGACCUUCAUGGAUCUCCUGAUUACAAAAAUGGAUUCCAAGUGUCAGCUGAAGUAGAAACUGCUUACAUCAAGUUGUACAAUAAGGUGGAAAAUUUCUUGAAAUACAGCUUUUAUUCUCGAGUUGAUUGUACUUCCCUCUUUAAAAACUGUACUGGCAAAUUAGCCCUGAGUAUCAAGAAAGCUCUUCAUAGUGGUGUUUCAGCAAGUGCUUUGCAACAGUUAUGUUAGAUGCCAUUGAUUUUUUGAGAUUGUGUAAUUUUUAUUGUCUUUUUUUGCAAUUGUGAAUAUAUUGGGUAUGUAAGUAGGAAUUUUAUUCUAGUUUUUAUAUGAAUGUGUACCUGUGUUUUUAAAGGUAGUAAAAGCUACAAUAAUAUUUAAUUUUAAAGGCAAUAAAUAUCUGUACAUUUGUAUA